AACUUCAUAGACAUGAGUAAAAGUCCGGUGCAAACAGCUGGUAGAAAUUUUGUAAAGCUGUGGUAUGGAAAAUGGUAUUUAAUUAACUGAAAUAUUUAGAAGAACAAUAUUUUUGUAUGGGCACAUUGUAGAUCAUGCAAUCGGUAAAUCUUGUUUCAAGUAGUGUCACGUUUAUUAUAGGUUACGUACUCACGUUGUACUAUUUUAUGAGAAGUCAGGAAAACAACUGUAGGAGUGUAUGUAUCUCACACGAAAUGCAGCCAACAUUAUGCCAGACAUAGGUACAUUGCCACUAGCCAUUGAUAUAAGAAUCAUGACUCAAGAGAAAACAGCAGAACACAUGAACAAUAUCUAAUAUGACUACUGAAUUUCACGAUGAAAAAAGAAAACAAUGCAAAUUUAAGAAUUAGGAAGUAGUUUGCUGAACAAAUGAAGUCCUACAGGUCGUACUCCAGUCCGGUAGGGGGCAGCAUACCCAACAAAUAACACGAGUUACGAGACUCUUUUAAAGAUGGAUUCCUGAACAGAACACAUGUAUACUUUGUAUUUUUUGUAUAAUUGAAUUUUGAAUCGGUGUAGUAACAUACGAAGAAGGCGGAUAACCACGCGUGGUAAAAGAUGAAAGUGAAGGUCCUGUGCCGAAACCCGGAUGAUUAUGUCCGCGAAACGACCAAAGACGUGCAGCGUGUUCCCAGGAAUUAUGAACCGUCACUGCACCCUUUCGAAGUGCCGAGGGAGUACACACGGGCUCUGAACGCCACCAAGCUAGAGCGCGUGUUCGCCAAACCCUUCGUGGCCUCCCUGGAUGGCCACAGGGAUGGGGUCAACUGCAUGGCCAAGCACCCCAGCAGCCUGUCCACGCUCCUCUCUGGAUCCUGCGAUGGCGAGGUCAAAGUGUGGAACCUGCCAACACGCAAGUGUGUGCGAACGCUACAGGCACACGAGGGCUUUGUGCGGGGGAUGUGCGUCCGCUUCUGUGGGGCGUCUUUCUUCACGGUGGGUGAUGAUAGGACCGUCAAGCAGUGGAAGAUGGACACCCCUGGAUACGGAGAGGAAGAGGAGCCUUUGAACACCAUCCUGGGAAAGACGGUGUUAACCGGCAUCGACCACCACCAGAAGGAAAGUGUGUUUGCUACCUGCGGCCAGCAGGUGGACAUCUGGGAUGAGCAGAGGAGCAGCCCCAUCCGCACCUUCACCUGGGGGGUGGACAGCUUCAGCUGCGUCCGCUUUAACCCUGUGGAGACCGAGCUCCUGGCCAGCUGUGCUUCAGACCGCAGCAUUGUGCUCUACGACAUGAGGGAGGCCAACCCCCUGAAGAAGGUGAUUAUGAGUCUGCGGAGUAACACACUGUGCUGGAAUCCCAUGGAGGCAUACUACUUCACCUGUUCAAAUGAAGAUUAUAACCUGUACACGUUCGACAUGCGGCGGCUGGACACCCCCGUGAUGGUUCACAAAGACCACGUCUCCGCUGUGCUGGACCUGGACUACUCGCCGACGGGGAGGGAGUUUGUGACGGCCAGCUUCGACAAGACCAUCCGGAUAUUCCCUAAAAACGUGGGCCACAGCAGAGAGGUGUACCACACCAAGCGUAUGCAGCACGUCAUCUGCGUUAGGUGGUCGCUGGACAGCAGGUACAUCAUGACCGGCUCGGACGAGAUGAACAUCCGCCUGUGGAAGGCCAAUGCGUCGGAGAAGCUGGGGGUGCUGACCCCCAGGGAAAAAACCGCCCAAAACUACAACCAGAAGCUGAAGAGCAAGUUCCAGCACCACCCACAGAUCCGCCGAAUCGCCCGCCACCGGCACCUGCCCAAAGGCUUGUUCCUUCAGCGGAAGGAGCUGCAGGUCAUGGAGGCAGCCCGCCGUAGGAAGGAGAGGAACGUGAAGAAGCACAGCAAACCAGGCUCCAUCCCCACUGUGGCUGAGAAGGAGAAGCAUAUUGUUGCUGUGGUCAAGUAGAAACCCCCCAUAACCCUCCCCCUCCCCCCCCCAGGCGUACCCCCAUGGAGAUGGACAGCAGCCACUGGUUUGUGUAGUGUACAUUUUCCUCUCCAGACUAUUUCUGCGAGGAUUCCCAGCCCCCCCCCUCCCCCACACCACCACAGUGUACAGAAUUUGGAAGAAUUCCUGUUUUCCUUUUCACCAGCUACUAAAGGUUUGCGGAAUUCUGUGUUCCCUUACUUCUGUAAGGGCUCUUUUGACUCUCUUUUGCUCUCUCAUUGGAGGUUGCGGGGGGGCGACUGGACAUGUCAUGAAACAGUCAAGCUCCUCGAAAGCGCGUAUAAUUCAUCGAAGAAACUGAACACUGACCCCAGGGGUAAUGGGCAUGCGGAUCUCCUUGCAGGGCAACAUAUCGCAUGCAAAUGCUGUAACCCUAUUCCCUCUCUCAUAGCAUAUUGCUGACCUGUUUGUUUUUUUAUUUUUAAAAUCUUGUAAUAAAACUUGACUAUAAAUGAACUCAA